AUGCCUGUUAUCAGUAGCGGUAGCAAGUCUUCAAAGCUACCGAAAACUUUGCAGAACUUUGAAGGUGACAGACACGUAGAAAUACAAAUUGAAGCCCGUUUCUGGUGUAAAUUUCCCACACUAUUAUAUAUACGAUCUUCAGUUCGGCAACAUUACUGCGAAAGACGGAACUUAAAGCUCAAAAAAGACGAGGACGAAACCCUUCACGAAACAACGAAAUAUUGCCAAAAUAGUUUUACGGUAUGA